AUGUCCGAGACCACCAAUGCCCCCAAGAGGCUUCCAGAGGAGUCUGCAGAAAUCGGAAACGAUGUGAAAAAACCCCAGACUGAAUCGGUUGCAGGUGCAAGUGCAUCUGGUAACGGUGUCUCUGAAAGCGAUGUUGGUAUAACUCACUUCUUGACUCCUGAAAAUCCAGGAUUUAAAGGGCAAAUCAAGCAGAGGUAUAGUGAUUUUAUGGUCAAUGAGAUUGACCUGGAAGGCAACGUUGUCUAUUUGAAAGAUAGAGGAUUUAAGAGACCCCAGAAACCGCAACCAAGUGCAGAAGAAUUGAAAACUCAGCAAGAAGAGGAGUCUAAAAGGAGACAAGAAUUUGAAUUGGAUGGUGAAUUGAAACAGAAGUUAGUAGAAGCAUUGGGAGAAUCAGAUGUAGAAAAAAUCAUGGAUGUGUUCAAGCAUGCUCAAAAGAUGGAAACUGAAAGAUCAUUUGAAGAUAAAUUCGACAGAACUAAGGUCCAUCAGCUGCUAAGAGAGGCAUUUAAUAAUGAAUUGGAAUCCGUGACCACGGAAGAUAACACUUUCAAGAUUGCCAGAAGUAAUAGAAAGACAAGAGUUGACAAAAAGACUUUUAUUGAGCAAACAAAGGAUGCCAAUGGUGUGGAGAAUUGGGGAUAUGGUCCUGCUAAAGAUUUUAUCCACCUCACUCUUUACAAAGAAAAUAAGGACACAAUGGAUGCCAUUAAUAUUAUUGCCAAGUACUUAAGAUUACCUGCUCGUGCUAUGAGAUCUUCCGGGACUAAAGAUCGUAGAGCUGUUACUUGUCAAAGACUCUCUGUAUCUCGUAUUGGCUUAGACAGAUUAAAUGCACUCAAUAGAACUUUGAAGGGUAUGGUUUUAGGUGGAUAUAAGUUUGAAGAUCGUAGUUUAAGUCUUGGUGAUUUGAAAGGUAAUGAAUUUGUCGUUGUUAUUAGAGAUGCUAAAUUGCACGAAGGUGCUGACAAGUCAUUAGACCAAGUUUUAAAAGAUGGUUGCCAAUCAUUAGCGGAGAGAGGGUUCGUAAACUAUUUUGGUAUGCAAAGAUUUGGAACCUUUAGUAUUUCCACCCACGUCGUUGGUAAAGAAUUGUUAUUAAACAACUGGCAAGGUGCUGCAGAGUUGAUUCUUUCCGAUCAAGACAGUGUUUUGCCAACUUCAAAGGAGGCUAGAAAAAUCUGGUCAGAGUCUAAGGAUGCAAACUCUGCCAUGAAGAAGAUGCCUCGUCAGUGUGUUGCCGAGAAUGCCAUUCUAAGCUACCUGUCCACACAGAAAAAGGAAGAAGAUGGCCAGUACUCUGCUAAUGCUUAUUACACAGCAAUCAUGAAAAUUCCAAGAAAUCUGAGAACGAUGUAUGUACACGCUUAUCAAAGUUUUGUUUGGAAUACAAUUGCCAGUAAAAGAAUUGAAAUGUAUGGUUUGAACGUGAUGGAAGGUGACCUUGUCAUUAGUGAAAAUGAUGAAAGCAAGGCUGCAGAUUCUUUGGAGGAGGAUGAGUUUGACGAAGACGUUCGUACAGCCCAGUUUGUGCGCGCAAGACCUAUCACCAAGGAUGAAAUUGAAUCUCAAAAAUUCAAGAUCGAAGAUGUUGUCUUACCUACACCUGGGUUUGAUAUUGUGUACCCACCAAAUCAGAAAUUAUCUGAUCUUUACGUUGAAAUUAUGAAAAAGGAUGCAAUGGAUCCAUUUGACAUGAGACGUAAAGUUCGUGAUUUCUCACUAGCGGGAUCUUAUAGAAAUGUCAUACAAAAACCAGCUGCCUUGGAUUACAGAAUUAUACAUUACUCAAGUCCAACUCAACAGCUAAUCAACACCGAUCUAGAAAUUCUGCAUAACCAAAGAGCAAAGGACAACUGCCAAAAAUACAUGAAGGAGAAAUUAGAUAGAUUUACACCUGAUAAAGGUGGUGAGCAUACCGCUGUCGUUCUCAAAUUCCAAUUAGGCGUUUCUGCAUACGCAACUAUGGUUUUGCGUGAAUUGAUGAAAGUCGAAUCUUCCCGUCGUGGUGACAUGUGCGAUGUAAAAGUUUAA